CCAGAACAUUCCACCUGCCAGGAAAGAGUUGAAUUUAUUAAAUGUAUACAGCUCCCCCAUGGAGAAGUUGUUGUGUUUGAAGCAAGCCACCUCCAUACUGACCAAGCCACGCAGAUCUGCAAGGGAGAGCACUACCAAAGAUUCUGUGGCCUCAAUGUCAACUGAUGAUCUGCUGCCAAUACUCAUCUUUCUGAUUGUCAAGUCUGAGAUUCCAAAUUGGACUGCAAAUUUGGCCUACAUGCAACAUUUUCAUUUUUCAAAGUCCUCUGAUGAUGAUGAAUUUGGUUUUUAUCUGGCAUCUGUGGAAGCUGCCCUGGAACACAUCAAAAGUGGGAACAUCAAGAACGAGAUCAAACCACUGAAGAGAGAUCGAUGGAACAGUAUAUUUGUUGCUGAUCUUGCGGAAGGUUCUGUGUCACGCACGUACACCAGGCAGAUGUCCAAUUCUGUCCUAGAUGAGUUCUUUAAGCUAGUCCAGGAAGGGGAUGUGAUGGAGGUCCAAGAGAUGCUCCAGCAGCCCUAUAGAAGAAGUGAGGAUGUCCACCAACAACUCUGCCACCCACUAUGUUCCUGUGAUCGGUGUGACAAGCUGCUGUCUCAACUCCGGGGGGAUUCCAAUUUAGUGACUGUCUAUUCCAGGGACACUCACGGAUAUACAGCCUUACACAUUGCAGCAUAUUAUGGCCAGGACAAGGUUAUAGAUUUCUUGGUCCAGAAUAAUGCCAUUGUGGACACAGCGGACUAUCUGGGACUGACUCCCUUACACCUGGCAUGCCAGCGAGGACUGGAGAAUGGGAUUUUGCGUCUGCUCCAUUUUGGUGCUGAUGUCACAGCCACAGACAGCGAAGGCAACGCAGCUCUCCACUUCUGCUGUGCCAAUGGUCAUGAGGAGUGUGUGAGAACUUUACUGGCCCAUGCAAGCAGUCGAGGACAGUUGGUCAUUAAUUCAGCUAAUGAGCACGGGGACACUGCCUUACAUUUUGCUGCCAAAUGGGGCUAUGAAUCCAUUGUGAAGAUAUUACUGGAGAACGGAGCUGAUGCCAAACUGUGCAACAAGAAAAAGCAAACACCAGUGUCCCUGGCACAGAAUGUCAUUGUUCAACGAUGGCUCCUGACAGCCACAGAAAGAUCAGACUUGCAGACAUCUCAUUCUUUGAAACUGACUUUGGGAAAAGAGAUCAGUUUGUAUGAGCCAGAACCAUCCAGUUGUGUGCAGACGGCAUCACUUGAAACAACCAGUGAAAAUGAACAGAAAUCCAAGGAAGAAAAAUUGUUUCAGGCUGUAAUUAGUGGGGAUCUGCAACAGUCUUCUUCCAGCCAAUCUGUGAAUGUCGUCCACCCACUUGCAACUAACAAGACGGGGGACCACGUCAGUGUCAACUCAAGGACAACUUUGGGGUUGUGCCCUAUCCACUUGGCCAUUCUCCAUAAUCAUAUGGAGAUAGUUGAACUCCUUGUUGCCUGCAGUGCAGACAUCAACAUACAGAAUCAUAAAAGCCUCACACCCCUCCAUCUUGCCUGUUACAUACGCAACAUUUUGAUCAUGGAUGUGCUAGUCAAGGCUGGUGCCAAGCUGAAUGUCCGGGAUGUCAAUGGAAACACACCACUGCUGGUGGCUGCUGGUAUUGGCUUCCUUCCUGGUCUGCAGUUAUUACUGAAGACAGGAGCAAAUGCAAAUGCCACAAAUCACAAGGGAAAUACUGCAUUGCAUGAGGCUGUCAAGAGAGAUGACUUGGACAUUUCUGUCAUGUUGCUUGAUGCAGGGGCGGACCCAAGAAUCAAGAACAAACUUGGCAAGUUACCAUUGGAUGAAACAGAUGAUCCGGCCAUGCAGGAGAAGCUGAAAACAGCCAUUUGUAAGAUGGAGGCAGAAGAAAUACAGGAAAAUAAUAAUACAGUCUUCAGCAAAGGAGAUAAAGAAGCAGGCUGUGCUAUGCAGAUGACAGUCCAGGAAUUGUUUGCAGCAUUUGAGGAGAAAGAUCUCCACAGAUUACACAGUCUAACGUCUUCAAUUCGUUCAUUCGACCACAAGUCUCGGCUGCGGCGUACCAAAACAAAAGACCCGAGUGCUCCACAUCUGGAAACGAUAACCCACAAACACUUGAUACAGACGUUCGAUAGGGGAACUCUCCGCAGAACUCAUCCUGUCUAUAAAAGUGACCCACUUCAUUUGUCUGUGUUAUCAAAAUCAUGUGAUCUCCUAGAGCCACACAGACUUUCAGCUGAUGCUGAUAGUAAAGUUCAAGGUAGUGAAGUGGCAGAUGCUGUGAUUGGGGUGUGA